GUAGCCGGUGCUGUAGCUGCUAGUGAUAGAACAUGGACCACUGAUGAAGGUGUUAAAAUCGAGAUUAUUAAGAAAAUUCCAGAUUCAAAGUGCAAAUACCGCUCAGAGCCUGGCGACACCUUAGAGCAGUUUUAUAAGUUGACCGGUAAAGAUGGGAAGGUUAUUGGUAGCAACUUUGGACAAAAGCCUUACACAUUCGUGCUAGGACGAGGUGAAGUUAUCCGCGGAAUGGACAUUGCCAUGGAAGGAAUGUGUGUUGGAGAGCAGCGUAAGGUUACCAUCCCACCUGAAGAAGGAUUCGAUGAUACGAGCAACAUGGAUGGGGGAGCAGAACCACUUAACUACUUCGUUGAGCUCAAAAGCCUUUUCCGACCAAAUCCAGGAGACAAAUGGAUUACUGAUGAGGGUGUCCAUAUAAGUGUCACUCACGAAAUUGAUGAGAGCGAGUGCAUCAAGGCAGAGAAAGGCGACACCCUUCACCAACACUACACCCUUCACCUCGAGGAUGGCACCUUCAUCGAUUCAAGCUGGAAUCGAAAUAAACCAUUUGUUUUUAAACUGCACACUGGACAGGUCAUUCCUGGCAUGGACAUCGCCAUGGAUGGUAUGUGCGAGGGAGAACGCCGAAAAGUAAUAAUACCAUCUGAACUAGCUUAUGGAGAGAAAGGCCGACCUCCAGGAAUUCCCGGAAAUGCACCUUUACACUUCGAAAUUGUUCUAGAAAAGGUUGUAAAAGCAGAAAAAGAAGAACUUUAA